UUUAGUGAGCCAUUCACACAGGGGUUAGAAACUAUAAAUCUGAAUGAUUUCCCCCCUAUCCUCUCUCAGCUACUCUCUCAGCCUGCGCUCGCUCACUCCCCUCAUUCUCUCCCUCUCUCAGCCUUUUCUACAUCUUAAAAGUAAGAUAAGAAGGCAAACAUGGCGGACGCACCGAAACCAAAAGAAAAGUCCAAGAUCUCCUCAGCCCGACGGUUGGGGUUAAAGAUCAGAUUGCUGACUGUAGCUGGCCAGAUGCUAGAGGUUGAGGUGGAGGAGAAGAAGAGAGAAAGAGAUGAAGCUCUGGCUGAGAGAGUCCCUCCUCUCAAACUUUCUGGCUUGUCUGUGGAGGAGCUCCAGGAUUUGUGCAAAGAUCUGCACCAUAAGAUCAAUGUGGUAGAUGAGGAGCGAUAUGACGUGGGACUCAAAGUUACCAAAAAUGACAAGGAGAUCCAUGAGUUGGGACUAAAGAUCAUUGAGCUGCAGAGCAAGUUCAAGAAACCAAACCUGAGGAGGGUGAAGAUCUCAGCUGAAGCCAUGCUUAGUGUUCUGCUGGGCUCCAAGCAUAAGGAGACCAUCGACUUCAAGUCCAACCUCAAGACAGUCAAGAAGGCAGAGGAGAAAAAGGAAGAGGUCACCGACUGGCGUCAAAAUGUGGAUGCCAUGUCUGGCAUGGAGGGCAGAAAGAAGAUGUUUGAUGCUUGAAAGAUUAUUGAUGUUUAUCAAGGUAUCCUCCAAGGAUGGCUUUGCUGAUUGAAGAUAAAAGACGAUGCAACAGAAAUGGAGAGGGAAACUGAAGGUAUCAAGAAUAAUUGUAGGAGAUGAAAGAUACACUACCAGUCAAAAGUUUUAGAACACCUACUCAUUCAAGGUUUUUUCUUUAUUUGUACUAUUUUUUACA